AUGUUGCACCGCGUGAUCGUCGUCGCUGCUUCGCUUCUCGCGGCCGCAUCUCAAGUCAGUGCGCUCUGGCCGCUACCCCAGAGCCUGUCGGAGGGCACGAGCGCCCUGCGGCUCUCUCCUGGCUUCCACAUCACUCUCGCACCCAGCAUCGCGUUCGGUGCACCGCUCGACCUCUACGAAGCCAUCGGGCGAACUCAGGCCUACCUCUUCACGGACAACCUCGGUCGUCUCGUCGUGGGCCGCGGCGCGAGCGAUGUGGCCGCCUUCGAGACGGCGGCAUACCUCACGGAGCUCCAACUCGCGCUGGAGCCGGGCUCGACGGUGAACACGAUCACGACGGAGGCUCAGAAGCCCAUCGCGGAGAGGGACGAGGCGUACACGCUCACCGUGCCCGCCAAUGGCUCGGCAGCGAUAAUCACGGCGACGUCGACGCUCGGUCUGUACCGCGGCCUGACGACGUUCGGACAGCUGUGGUACGAGUACGACGGGACGAUCUACGCCUUCAACACACCCGUGGAGAUCGAGGACAAGCCUGCCUACUCGUACCGCGGACUGCUGCUGGACACGUCGCGCAACUACUUCCCGGUGUCGGACAUCCUGCGCACGCUCGACACGAUGAGCCUGGUGAAGCUAAACGAGUUCCACUGGCACGUCGUCGACAGCCAGAGCUUCCCGCUCGAGAUCCCGGGCUACACCGAGCUCGCGACGUACGGCGCGUAUGGCCCCGACAUGGUGUACUCGACGAGCGACGUGCAGACGAUCGUGUCGUACGCGGGUGCGCGGGGCAUCGACGUAAUGGUCGAGAUCGACACACCGGGGCACACGGCCGUGAUCGCGGACGCGCACCCCGACUUUGUCGCGUGCAACCAGGCGCGGCCGUGGGCGUCGUACGCGAAUGAGCCACCCGCGGGCCAGCUGCGGUUCACGAACUCGACGAUCGCGACGUGGACGGCGGGGCUCUUCACGGAGCUCGCGAAGAUGUUCCCGUCGAGCAUCAUCAGCACGGGCGGCGACGAGAUCAACAUGCCAUGUUACGACGAUGACGAGGAGACGCAGAAGGACCUGAACGCGACUGGGUUGAGCUUCAACGACGCGCUGUCCGGGUUCACGCAGCAGACGCAUGCGGCGCUGGAGGCAGCGGGCAAGACGCCGGCGGUGUGGGAGGAGAUGGUCUUGAAUUACAAUCUCACGCUGUCCAACGAGACCUAUGUUCUUGUCUGGAUCUCGUCGGAGGACGCCAAAGAAGUCGCAGACAAGGGCUUCCGUAUCAUCCACGCCGCAUCAAACUACUUCUACCUCGACUGUGGAGGAGGGGGCUGGGUGGGCGACAAUCCCGCUGGCAACUCAUGGUGCGAGCCCUUCAAGACGUGGCAGUACUCCUACACCUUCGACCCGCUCGCGAACCUGACCUCGGACCAGUACCACCUCGUCGUGGGCGGGCAGCACAACCUGUGGACGGAGCAGUCCGGCCCGUCGAACCUCGACCCGAUCGUGUGGCCCCGCGCGGCGGCGUCCGCGGAGGUCUUCUGGAGCGGCGCGGGCGGGAACGUCACCGCGGCCCUCCCGCGCCUGCAUGAUGUGAGCUUCAGGAUGCAGCAGCGCGGCGUGCGGAGCAUCCCGCUCCAGCCGCUCUGGUGUGCGUUGAGGCCGGAUGAAUGUGACGUCAGUUGGUGA